AUGGACAUCGCGACGGCUCCCGAAUCCUUGGAGAGGUGCUUCCCGCGGGGCCCACCGGACUGCGCCAAGAUGCUGGACGGCAUUAAAAUGGAAGACCACCCCUUGCGCUCGGGGCCGGCCACGCUGGGAGUGCUGCUGGGGUCGGAGUGCCAGCACCAGGCCGUCUGCGAGGGCUGCCAGCGGCCCAUCUCGGACCGGUUCCUGAUGCGGGUGAACGAGUCCUCCUGGCAUGAGGAGUGCCUACAGUGCGCCGCGUGCCAGCAGGCGCUCACCACCAGCUGCUACUUCCGGGACCGCAAGCUCUACUGCAAGCAGGACUACCAACAGCUGUUCGCUGCCAAGUGCAGCGGCUGCAUGGAGAAGAUCGCUCCGACGGAGUUCGUGAUGCGCGCCCUGGAGUGCGUGUACCACCUGAGCUGCUUCUGCUGCUGCGUGUGCGAGCGCCAGCUGAGGAAAGGGGAUGAGUUUGUCCUCAAGGAAGGGCAGCUGCUCUGCAAAAGUGACUAUGAGAAAGAGAAAGACUUGUUGAGCUCGGUCAGCCCAGACGACUCAGACUCAGUCAAAAGUGACGAUGAAGAUGGAGAUGUUAAGCCCACCAAAGGCCAAGUAACCCAAGGAAAAGGAAGCGAUGAUGGGAAGGACCCAAGAAGACCUAAACGACCAAGGACAAUACUUACUACACAGCAGAGACGAGCAUUCAAAGCAUCCUUUGAAGUGUCUUCUAAGCCCUGCAGAAAGGUCAGAGAAACAUUGGCAGCUGAAACAGGGCUCAGCGUGCGAGUCGUCCAGGUCUGGUUUCAAAACCAAAGAGCAAAGAUGAAAAAGCUAGCACGAAGGCACCAACAGCAGCAGGAGCAACAGAACUCGCAGCGACUAGGACAAGAGGUAAUGUCCAACCGAAUGGAAGGGAUGAUGACAUCUUACACACCACUUGCACCACCACAGCAGCAGAUUGUAGCAAUGGAGCAAAGCAGUUAUGGCACAGACCCAUUUCAGCAGGGUCUUACCCCUCCACAAAUGCCAGGCGACCACAUGAACCCCUAUGGAAACGACUCCAUUUUUCAUGAUAUCGACAGUGAUACCUCUUUAACUAGCUUGAGCGACUGUUUUCUUGCCUCUUCCGAAGUUAACUCCAUGCAGGCUAGAGUAGGAAAUCCCAUUGACAGGCUGUACUCUAUGCAGAGCUCCUAUUUCGCCUCAUGAAAAUAAAGAGAACUAACAGCCGGCAUCUGUUUAGCCAGUGACUUUUCCAGUGCAGACUCUACAGCCAUAUGUUGCCCAGCUCUUCCUUCACAGUGACUCUGCUGCCUCUGGACUGCAAAGAGCGUUUUUUUAGGAAGACUAUCCCUGUUUGCAUAUAUGUGUAUGUAUGUAUAUAUAUUUUAAUACCUACAUACAUACAUACAUAUAUAGAAAUACAAAACACAUCCACCCGUCCCAUACCCUUGAUU